CCCUAAGGCGGACCCACCCCCAUUACCCAGGAGGCACCGCGAACAGACGCUGGUACCGUAUUUCCCAGAGUUCCCCGCACCCUUCGCUUGCGUUGAAGACGUCGAGGCCAACAUGGCGACCGGGACAGGCACCUUUUUUAUUCCCAGAGCACAAGCUGCUGAGUACCGGCCCAACAGAGCCAUGGUCCAUCCGAGAGAAGUUGUGUUUAGCAUCUUCUGUUAUGAGGAGUGGAGAUCAGAACUGGGUAUCGGUUAGCAGAGCAAUCAAGCCUUUUGCAGAACCUGGCCGGCCUCCAGACUGGUUUUCUCAAAAACAUUGUGCUUCUCAGUAUUCAGAGCUCUUAGAGACUACUGAAACUCCAAAACGGAAACGGGGUGAGAAAGGAGAAGUGGUAGAAACUGUUGAAGAUGUUAUUGUUCGGAAAUUGACUGCUGAGAGAGUUGAGGAACUAAAGAAGGUGAUAAAGGAAACACAGGAGAGAUACAGGCGGCUAAAAAGAGAUGCAGAACUAAUUCAAGCCGGACACAUGGACAGCAGGCUGGAUGAGCUUUGCAAUGACAUUGCAAUUUCCUUCUUUAGGAAAAAGAAAUUGGAGGAGGAAGAGGCUGAAGUGAAAAGGAAGGCUACAGAUGCUGCCUACCAGGCUCGGCAAGCAGUCAAAACACCUCCUCGAAGGCUGCCCACUGUGAUGGUCCGCUCACCUAUAGAUUCUGCCUCCCCAGGAGGUGAUUAUCCACUUGGAGACUUGACUCCAACCACUAUGGAAGAGGCUACCUCUGGGGUAACCCCUGGGACUUUGCCGAGUACCCCAGUCACCUCGUUUCCUGGGAUUCCUGACACCCUUCCUCCAGGCUCUGCACCCUUAGAAGCCCCCAUGACCCCAGUAACAGAUGAUUCACCCCAGAAAAAGAUGCUUGGACAGAAAGCAACUCCACCCCCCUCCCCUCUGCUGUCAGAGCUCUUGAAGAAGGGCAGCCUCCUGCCUACUAGCCCCAGACUGGUCAAUGAGAGUGAGAUGUCUGUGGCUUCUGGCCAUCUGAACAGCACAGGUGUGCUCCUGGAGGUAGGCGGGGUUCUUCCCAUGAUACAUGGUGGGGAGAUGCAGCCAACAACCAGUACUGUUGCAGCCUCCCCUGCUGCCUCAGGUGCUCCCACUCUUUCCCGGCUUUUAGAAGCUGGCCCUACACAGUUCAGCACUCCUCUUCCCUCCUUCACUGCUGUUGCCAGUGAGCCUCCAGUUAAACUCGGGCCUCCCCCUGGAGAGUCUGUGUCCCAGGCUACCAUUGUCAUGAUGCCUGCGCUGCCAGCACCGUCCUCUGCUCCGGCUGUCUCCACUCCUGACAGUGUAGCUCCAGUGAGUCAGCCUGAGAGCUGUGUUCCCCUGGAAGCUGUGGGGGAUCCACAUACUGUGACUGUUUCCAUGGAUAGCAGUGAAAUCUCCAUGAUCAUUAAUUCUAUCAAAGAAGAGUGUUUCCGGUCAGGAGUAGCAGAGGCGCCUGGUGGAUCAAAGGCUCCAAGCAUAGAUGGGAAGGAAGAUUUAGAUUUGGCGGAGAAGAUGGAUAUUGCUGUGUCUUACACAGGUGAAGAGUUGGACUUUGAAACAGUUGGAGAUAUUAUUGCCAUCAUUGAAGACAAGGUUGAUGAUCACCCUGAAGUGCUGGAUGUGGCAGCUGUAGAAGCAGCACUGUCAUUCUGUGAAGAAAACGAUGACCCUCAGUCCCUACCUGGCCCUUGGGAGCACCCUAUCCAGCAGGAGCGGGACAAGCCAGUAUCUCUUCCAGCACCAGAGAUGACAGUCAAACAAGAGAGGCUCGACUUUGAGGAACCCGAAAACAAAGGAAUCCAUGAACUGGUAGACAUCAGGGAGUCAGGUGUGGAGAUUAAGGUGGAACCUGCAGAGCCAGAGCCAGGCAUGUCAGGGGCGGAGAUAGUAGCUGGAGUCGGUCCAGUCUCAAGUAUGGAGCCACCAGAACUCAGGAGUCAAGACUUAGAUGAAGAGCCUAGAAGUUCUGCAGCUGGAGAGAUUGGUGAAACAGAUGGUCCUGGUGGGAAAGGCGAUGAGAUGCCACUUUCAACUGUGAAGACAGAGGCAUCCCCUGAAAGCAUGUUGUCUCCAUCACAUGGCUCAAAUCCUAUUGAAGAUCCUUUAGAGGCAGAGACUCAACACAAGUUUGAAAUGUCAGACCCAUUGAAAGAAGAAUCAGGGACUAUUUUUGGAAGCCAGAUAAAGGAUGCUCCGGGUGAGGAGGAGGAAGAAGACGGAGUCAGUGAGGUAGCUAGCCUAGAAGAGCCUAAGGAAGAGGAUCAAGGAGAAGGCUAUUUGUCUGAGAUGGAUAAUGAACCCCCUGUGAGCGAAAGUGAUGAUGGCUUUAGUAUCCAUAAUGCCACACUGCAGUCACACACGCUGGCAGACUCUAUCCCAAGCAGCCCUGCCUCCUCACAGUUCUCUGUGUGCAGUGAAGAUCAAGAAGCAAUUCAGGCUCAGAAAAUAUGGAAGAAAGCCAUUAUGCUUGUGUGGAGGGCUGCAGCAAAUCACAGGUAUGCCAAUGUGUUCCUGCAACCUGUCACAGAUGACAUAGCACCGGGCUAUCAUAGCAUCGUGCAGAGACCUAUGGAUUUGUCAACAAUUAAGAAAAACAUUGAAAAUGGACUGAUCCGCAGCACAGCCGAGUUUCAGCGUGACAUCAUGCUGAUGUUUCAGAAUGCUGUUAUGUAUAACAGCUCAGACCAUGAUGUGUAUCACAUGGCAGUAGAGAUGCAAAGAGAUGUCCUGGAACAGAUCCAGCAAUUCUUGGCCACACAGUUGAUUAUGCAAACAUCUGAGUCUGGAAUCAGUGCUAAAAGUCUUCGGGGGAGAGAUUCUACCCGAAAACAAGAUGCUUCAGAGAAGGACAGUGUCCCCAUGGGCUCUCCUGCCUUCCUUCUCUCUCUCUUUAUGGGGUGUGAGUGGGUUUGGUUGGAUUCUGGACAUGACUAUCGUGAUGACUCUGAGCUGAGCAAUGACUGCAGGUCCCUCUUCAGCUCCUGGGACUCCAGUCUGGACCUUGAUGUGGGCAGCUGGAGGGAAACUGAGGCUCCAGAUACGGAGGCUGAAGACCUAGAGGAAAGCAGCCCCGAGAGAGAAUCGAGUGAGUUUCUUGUGGAAGAUGUGGAGAGUGAAGAACCUCAGGAGGAGGCCGAGCAAGGCAGCAGCCAGAAUCCCCUCCACUCCCUCUCCGAGGGGGAGGCUCAGCAAGACUCCAAAGAGGAGGACCAGGGUGAAGGGGAUGCUUCAGAUGUGGAAGACCAGCCCCCUUUAGGUGACUAUGAUGAUGGCGUGGGCAUUCAGGAAACUCCCCUGGUGGAUAUCCUUUACAACUGUUCCAACUCCUCACAACUGAAUGACCUAAGCCAAGGUGAUCCUAUUCAGGAUCAUUUCCUAUUUAAGAAGACUCUUUUGCAAGUCUGGAAGAUGAUUGCCAGUCACAGGUUCAGCAGUCCAUUUCUGAAGCCUGUGUCAGAAAAGCAGGCCCCGGGAUACAAGGAUGUGGUGAAAAGACCCAUGGACUUAACAACCCUGAAAAGGAACCUGUCUAAGGGACGCAUUCACACCAUGGCUGAAUUCCAGCGGGAUCUGAUGCUGAUGUUCCAGAACGCUGUGAUGUACAAUGACUCUGACCACCACAUAUACCACAUGGCUGUGGAGAUGCAGCGCGAAGUCUUGGAGCAGAUCCAGGUGCUGAGUACUUGGUUAGACAAAAGGAAGGACUUGAGUAGUCUGGGGUGAGUGCCAGCCAAUCCAGUGGAUGAAGGAAGUCUGUUCUGUUAGCCUGGAACUGCAAGUCUGAAUCCUUCUCAAGAUUAUAGCUCUCCUGAAGACUGGCCAGAGAAGAGCCGAAGACUUACUCCUUCUCCAUUAGCUUCCCUAAUAAGGAUAAGAAGCCCUAGUUCCCUGCUGAGGAGUCAAUGGUGCUUGCAGAUAUAUUAUUUUUAAAGGGGUGGGGGUGGGGUGCUGAGAUCCCGAUUUAUGAUGUAAAUAUUGCCCAUAUUUUUGUUGUGUAGACUUAGAAGUGAUUUAAUUGAAUCUUUUGUUUCUCUAUGAAUAAAUAUUUCAUAAACCAAA